AUGAAGACACCUCUCACCUUGCCCCCUCGCUUCAUGAAGACACCUGUCACCCUGCCCCCUCGCUUCAUGAAGACACCUCUCACCCUGCCCCCUCGCUUCAUGAAAACACCUCUCACCCUGCCCUCUCGAUUCAUGAAGACACCUCUCACCCUGCCCCCUCGCUUCAUGAAAACACCUCUCACCCUGCCCGCCCGCCUAAUGAAGACACCUGUCACCCUGCCCGCCCGCCUGAUGAAGACACCUCUCACCCUGCCCCCUCGCUUCAUGAAAACACCUCUCACCCUGCCCGCCCGCCUAAUGAAGACACCUGUCACCCUCCCCGCCCGCAUAAUGAAGACACCUGUCACCCUCCCCGCCCGCCUAAUGAAGACACCUGUCACCCUGCCCGCCCGCCUAAUGAAGACACCUGUCACCCUGCCCACCCGCCUAAUGAAGAAACCUGUCACCCUGUCCCCUCGCUUCAUGAAGACACCUGUCACCCUGCCUCUCGCUUAA